CGAUGGCUGCUGGUGGAGCAGGAUGCGGGGAAACGGUGGAGCAGUGCCGGGUCGAAUUGGAGCGCCUGACCCGGGAGCUGGCGGAGGCCAACCGCGAGAAGAUCCGGGCGGCGGAGUGCGGGCUGGCGGUCCUGGAGGAGAACCAGAGCCUGAAGCAGCAGUACUCCGAACUUGAGGCCGAACAGGAGGCGCUGAGGCUGGAGCUGGAGCAGCUGCAGGAGGCAUUUGGCCAGGCCUACUCCACCCAGCGUAAGGUGGCAGAAGAUGGGGAGACCAACGAGGAGACGCUGUUGCAGGAGUCUGCCACCAAGGAGGCCUACUACAUGGGUCGCCUCCUGGAGCUCCAGUCGGAGCUAAAGCACUGCCGUGUCACUGCCUCCAGUGCUCAAGCUGACAAUGAACACCUGAGCACAGUGCUGCAGGAGCUGAGGGAGAGCAAUGAGAUGUUGGAGCUGCAGCGCAGCCGAAUGCGUGAGGAGAUCAGGGAGUACAAGCUUCGAGAGGCUCGGCUGCUCCAGGAUUAUACCGAACUAGAGGAGGAGAACAUCUCUCUGCAGAAACUUGUUUCAACGCUCAGGCAGAAUCAGGUGGAGUAUGAAGGCCUGAAGCAUGAGAUCAAGGUUCUGGAGGAGGAGACAGAGCUUCUCAACAGCCAAUUACAAGAUUCAUUGCGUUUAAAGGACAUUUCAGAUUCCCAGCUCGAGGAAGCACUGGAGUCUCUGAAGAGCGAGCGUGAACAGAAGAACCAUUUGCGCAGGGAGUUGGUCCACCACCUCAGCAUGUGUGAUGUGGCCUACACUGGCAGUGCCCACCUGACAUUCACCUCUGCGCCACCUAGUGGCAAUGCCACCCCAACAGCUCUGCUCUCCCCAAACACAGAAGACCCAACCAGGUGUAACGGCCACCUCCAGGGUGGGACUGGAGCGGGGACAGCUGCAGGGUUGGCUUCCAGGGCUAAUGGAGAAUACCGGGCACCAGGUUGGAAAGCUGAGGGAACAGCGACAUCUGACCUCUUCAAUGAGAUGAACCUGACAGAGAUCCAGAAGCUCAAACAGCAGCUGAUGACAGUUGAACGUGAGAAGGUAACACUCAUGACCAGCCUGCAGGAGUCCCAGGCUCAGCUCCAGCACACCCAAGGGGCCCUAACCGAGCAGCAUGAGAAGGCCCUCCGCCUUACCCAGAAAGUUAUUGCCCUCCGCCGCCUGCAUCGUAGGGUCCACCUCAAACAGGAAGCCCACACUAGUGCCACCUCUCAGCUCCACCAUGAGGCCCUUAUGGAGCUGGACAGGGAUGAGGAGGAGGCUGAGGAGGAAGAAAGAACUGAUGAGGAAAAGAGUGAGACAUUGAACAAAAGUCAGUUAUUUUCAUACCAGACGCCAGGUCUUGAGAUCCUACAGUGUAAGUACCGUGUGGCUGUGACGGAGGUGGUGGAGCUCAAGGCAGAAGUGAAAGCCCUUCAUGACAAACUAACUCAGUGUGUAGAAGCAGCAGCAGAGGAGAAGCCGAGGCAAAACGAUCAGCUCCAGAAGCUGGAAAGGCAGGUUGCCUCAUUGGAGAAGAGCAUUCGGGAGGGACGGGGGAAGAUUUUCAGCUUGGAGACAGAGUUGCAAGCAGCUCAGUCAGCAGCCAGUGAGAGCCAGGAAGCAUUGAACGCAGCUCAGGAUGAGUUGGUGACGCUGAGCGAGGAGCUUGCCCAGCUGUACCACCAUGUCUGUCUGUGCAACAAUGAGACACCCAACCGUGUCAUGCUGGACUACUACAGGCAAGGCAGAGGGCUCAGGGGCAUCACUGCCAGUCUUAAAGCCAUGUCUUCAGACAACAGCAAAGUUCUUCUCACACCACGCCUUGCCAGGCGGCUGGCUGCUGUUUCCUCAGUAACCUCAACUCCUGGGGAGUCACGGAGCCCCUCAGAGUCUCCGUCCAAGGAGCCCUUUUCUGGGGAGGGUGGGAGAGAGGAGAAGGAAGGGGACAGGGAAAGCCUCCAGGUGUCAUCUGAGCAGAGCCUGCCUCCCUGCACACCUCCAACUCGCUCACCCAGCAUCAGUGCCUCUUCAUCAUCAUCUUCUUCAUCAUCACCUGCCCUGGAACCUCCUGGAGAACUCCGGAGGGAGCCCAUGAACAUCUACAACCUCAACGCCAUCAUCAGAGACCAGGUGAAGCACCUCCAACGGGCAGUAGACAGGUCUCUGCAGCUGUCCAGACAGAGAGCAGCAGCCAGGGAACUGGCUCCUCUUCUGGACAAGGACAAGGAAAGCUGCAUGGAGGAGAUCCUGAAGCUUAAGUCUCUGCUCAGCACCAAGAGAGAGCAGAUAGCCACCCUGAGAUUGGUGCUUAAGGCUAACAAACAGACAGCAGAGGGAGCCCUGGCCAACCUGAAGAGUAAAUAUGAGGCAGAGAAGUCAAUGGUGACUGACACUAUGAUGAAGCUCAGGAAUGAGCUGAAGGCCCUGAAGGAGGAUUCUGCCACUUUCUCCUCUCUGCGGGCCAUGUUUGCCACCAGGUGUGAUGAGUAUGUGACCCAACUGGAUGACAUGCAGAGGCAGUUGGCUGCAGCCGAGGAUGAGAAGAAGACUCUGAACUCCCUCCUGCGAAUGGCCAUCCAACAGAAACUGGCCCUAACUCAGCGCCUGGAGGAUUUGGCCUUUGAUCAAGAGCAGACCCACCGCACCCGUGGGGGAAGGCUGACCCGCAGGAAGACCAGUAACCCCAAAAUCGUCAGUAGCCUUCUGCCGCAGUGCCGUUCUUCUUACCCUCCGCACAGCUGAAUGUUUGAGUCUCCUCAGUUCUUUUCAUAGCGGCAGUGUGUCGACCCUCUUGGCACCCACCAUGAGUGCCUCCUGUCUGGCUUCCUCAGUCCCCUCUGGGUCCUACAUCUCUGUGGAACACAUUUACUGACCCUUGGCACUGUUUACCCAGAAGACUCAGCCAACACUUUGUCCAGAGGACCCCUCACCUGGAAACAGGCCAACAAUGCCCCUUCAAGGAGUGCCUGGCUCACACUUAGAUUGCACUUGGGAAGCUAAAGUGCUACUGUGACAUGAGAGCCACAUGAACCUAUUGACUCAGUCACUGCCAGAUCUGGGUUUGGGUCUUUUGAAUCAUCAAAAUACCAAAAUCAAAGAAUCAAAUCUUUUUUUUGUGUGUCAUCCACAGUGGUUAUUGUCUGUGUUAGCAUAAACAUUUGGUUGAAGAAAAUAUGUAUUUCUGUGUACAAUACCAACAGUAUGGCACCAUGUAGGUAUGGUAACCCAUGCAGUGUUCAUAAAGUAUAUGCAUCUGUACAGAUUCUAGCUGUUGAUGCUUUUUAAUCCGUGUGAAAAUAACUGAAAUUCACUUUUUUGGUUUUUUAUUUAACAUGUAUUAUCCCUGCACAUAAAGUCUGCCUCUUCAUUAAUGAAUAAUAAAAAAAGCCCAUGUAGGAUGAGCACAAGCUGAAUCAGUGCAUUUCAAAAACAUGCUGUAUGUGGCUGUUAGCUGAAAAAAGCUGAUAGUACAUCAAUAUUCUGCAUGUCCACUUUGUUAAGUUGGCUAUAACUUCAGACAGUGUGAUAACAGUCAGACUCCUCUGUGCUCUUUCACAGUGAAAUAGGACUUUGUUAUCAAUCCACAAAGCCUGAUUCACUUACAGCACUCAUUCAACUGCCAAAAAUCAAUCCAACAGCACCCAAGUGGACAUGAGCUGGAGUGUGGAUGCAAAAGAAAUGUAUAUCAUUUGAAAACGACCAGCGGUUGCAUCAUUGAAUAAAGCUGGCAUAAAGCUGAUUCACCACAAUGUGUAGAACUGAAAUACAAAGGUGUCACAUCCUGAAGGUUUACCUGUACUACCUGAAUACUGCAAGAAAUUUGAUUUCUGUGAUUUCAUAAAACCUUGCCCUAUUGUUGAGAUGUUAUUAUUAUUUACUUGAUGGACAUUAAUAAGCAAUAUUGUUGCAAUAUGUUUGUUUCACACAUUUUACCCCCAAACGCCUCUCAGAAAUAAACUACUGAUAGACAAGUUUGCUUUUUAUUGUUUUUAACCUGUGUUAUCCAUUUACUGUAGAAAACAUGAAUGUCGUUUAGUUAGAUCCAAAUGUGGCAAAGGUGAGGAAGCCUGAUAGGAGCUGAGGUGGGCAGAGUGGUUAGUAAUUAUAAUACCUGAAAGAUGGCUCAGUGUUAGGUUCAUUUAAGACUAGGACCCCAAAGCAGAGACGUGCACUGGUGAGUGGGAACAGAAGGUUCUUUUAAUCACUCUACUAACUAAAUUCAGAACAAAAGAAGGCUGUGGAGGCAUGGAGCUGGCUGGCAGGAAGAAAUCUUCAGCCACAUGACUACAGGAGAAUCUCUGUUCAGGUAACACAGGUGAACAGCAUGCAGAGGUAGAGCAUAGAACAAUCUGGUAGGAAUGCAGGCCAGGCUUAUAAAGUGG